AUGAAGUUCUCAUAUCUAACAGUCGUUUACACCAUCAUAACGGCUGCGUGGUGUUUGGACAAUGUACACUGGGUUGACAUAUGGAAUGGGUCACCUGUGCUCGCCAGAUUUACUCCUCCAGACUCUUUUAUAAACCCCCAAGGCUACUUCCGCAAUGCAACCAUCAGACAAACAUUGCACCUGACUUUGGCAACCGGUGUACUCCGGGUAAAGCUUUCUAAUGAAUUCGGUUCAUCCCCUCUGGAGAUAACCGCGAGUACGGCUGCAUUGACCGCAAACAAUACAGCUGGAAGCGACAGUAUUGAUGCCAGCAGCCUACAGGAGCUCACCUAUAGUGGCGCCUCUUCCAUUGUCAUUCCUACUGGUGGUACUGUUCUUUCAGAUCCAAUCAAUAUAUCCACCAGCACCCAGCAACAUCUCACCGUUUCGCUCUACCUUGCCAAGGGCCAAAUUGGUACAAAUACCACGUCGCAUGAUGUUUCGCACACAACCACCUGGCUGGGACCUGGAGAUCAAACGGCGAAUCAACAUAUCAACGGCGGAGCCUCUGUUACCCACUGGUACUACGUCACAGAAGUGCAGGGCCAGCUUCCUGCAACAUCGAGUGCAUUGAUCUGUAUCGGAGAUAGCAUAACAGAUGGCACAGGCUCCACCACAAACGGGAAUGACCGCUGGGUAGACGAUCUUUUCCGCCGAACUCAGGCAGCCCCAGCGACUAAACAUAUCGCUGUUCUGAAUGCUGGGAUCGGUGGAAAUCACCUUGUGACAUCUCCUGGGCAGGGUCCAUCGGCAUUAGAACGGAUCAAGUCCAUCAUCGCUCAGCCCGGUGUACGAUACAUAGCUAUUCUAGAUGGUGUUAACGACAUUGGCCACGUUGCCACAACUGCAGCGGCACAAGACGCUCUCUACAACCAGAUGGUUCAAGCUUUGGAGGAAAUAAUUGACGAGGUUCAUCAAGCCGGCUUAUUUAUUUUUGGUGGUACUCUUACACCUUCGUUUUAUGAUCCACCUUCUAAUCCGGACACCUCCAAUUACGCCAAUCCGCAACGAGCGGCCACCCGGAAUCGCCUCAAUCUUUGGAUCAAGAACGAAGCCAAAUUUGACUACGUGGUUGACUAUGCAGCUGCCCUUGCGGACCCAAGCAACCUUGAUUCAUACAAGGCCCAAUAUGCUUUCACCAACUACAUCCAUCCUAAUGUAGCUGGCCAUCAAGCUAUGGCGGACGCAUGGGAUCUCCGCAUAUUUCAACAAGUCAAUGGUACAUCUGGCCAGAGUCUUUCUCGAAGGGGAAAGCAUCAUUCAUAG